AUGGCACGGCGACGUAAGGUGUUGCAGAAGCUUGUUCAGGUAGACCCCCGUUCUGAGCUCCCUUCAUCCACUGAAACUCCACCCACCGUACCUUCGACUGAUGGGAUAUGCGAGAUCGAUACUGAUGUGAACACCUCUUCUGAGGUCCCUGAGAUUUUAAGUAAGGAUGAGGUUCAUGCUUCUCCGAUGAAGCAGACAAUGCCUAAGAAUAGAUCCCCUUCUUGGGCGGAGGAGGUAGAGAACAAAUCAUUUCAUGAAGCUGCGAAGGCAACCUGGUCUCGAUUCAAAGAAUCGCUUCCUUUUCAGGGGGGUACUAAACUCGAAUAUAAGGAACCUCUGCAACAGGAAGGGCAAAAAAUUUCUCAACUGGACCUAGAGGAAGUUGCAGUUGAAGCUUCUUUCUGGAAUUCGGCCUUGAUUUGUGUAAUUAUGAGAGCUAACCCGCCAUUGCCUGUCUUCGAAGACAAUAUCACAAAAGAUAGGUCGAUGAUUAAAUUUGCUAGGAUAUUAGUUGAUAUGGAAAUAUCAGACUCUCUUCCUAAGUUCAUCAGCUAUAUCAAUGAGAGAGGUCAAAGGAAGAAGGAGAGUCCAGCUAAUCAGGUGGAUGAUGGUUCUGCUCAUGGAGAUUGUAGCACCCACCAGAAACAAGGCCAGGAUAUUUCAACCCAGUCCUCAUCAAAAAAGGAGAUGAUACCCCAACAUGAGGAACUUCCUAAGGAUCAAGGCUGGGGCAUAAAUAAGAAGAAUAAGCAGAUAGCUAUUUUGGAUGUUUGCCGGAUAAAUAAGAUUGGUAUUGGAGCUUUCCUAGAAACAAAAAUAAAGGGUGAUAAACUGAAGGAUGCUAUGGAAACUAGUUUUCAGGGUUGGAAUUAUCAUAACAGCAUAAGGGUGGAGGGCCGAAUUCUUUUGAUAUGGAAGGAAAGCUGGGUCAAAGUGGAUGUUAUCAAAGAUCAUUAUCAAUUUCUGCACUGUCGAGUUAGAUUUUGUAUCACUGACCAGGAGUUUUGCUUUACUGUGGUUUAUGGUUCUAAUCAAUUGGAUACUAGGAAGCUGCUCUGGUCAGAAUUGUCUACUAUGCCUGUCCCAAUUAAACCUUGGCUUAUCAUGGGAGAUUUUAAUGCUGCAUUUGACCCUAAUGACAGAAGAGGUGGCAGGUGUAUUCUGCAAAAAGAGAUUGAAGAUGCUAGGAAUUGGCUUGAUCUUGGUCUGGUGGAAGAAAUGAAUUUACUGGGUACCUUUUACACUUGGUCUAAUAAUCAAGAAAGGGAUAAUCGCAUAUACUCUAAACUUGAUAGAGUCUUUGUCAAUGAGGACUGGCUGAACAUUUUCCCGUCUGUUAUAGCUGCUGCUCGUUGGGAAGUGACUUCUGAUCAUUGUACUGUUAUUCUGAAGCAAACUGGUAUUUCAAAUGAGGGUUUUAUUCCUUUUCGGUUCUAUAAUAUGUGGACAAGCCACCCUCAGUUCAGAUCUACUCAUGAAUUGAAGAAGUUCAAUUGGAAGAUUAUUGGGGAUGUGGCUAGGAACUUUGAAGACAGUAAAGUUGAGUUUCAAAAGGCAAGGUCUGAUCUUUUCUCUGACCCGCAGAAUCAGAUUUUAGCUUCAGCAGAGAGAUUAUCAUUUCAGAGAUUUAAAAAUCAAGAGAAGAUUUAUGGCAGCUACCUUAGGCAAAAAAGUAAGAUAGAGUGGCUCCAAUUCGGCAAUGAAAAUUCCUCCUACUUUCAUGCCUAUAUGAAGCAACGGAAGAGAGCUAAUAGGAUUGCUUCUUAUGUAACAGAAGAUGGUAGAGUAAAGGACAGUUAUCCUAAGGUAAUUAGUCACUUUAUUGACCAUUUCAAAUCAGUCCUGGGUUGUCCUAAUAAAGCUACAGGGAAGGUUGAUUAUGCCAUAACAGAUUUGGGUCCUCUGGCUCUCAUCAAGCCUUUCUCAAACAAAGAUGUUAAAACAACUUUGUUUAGUAUCAGCUCUAUAAAUAGUCCUGGACCAGAUGGUUUUGGGGCUGGGGUUUUUAAAAGCUUAUGGAAAGACAUAGGGAAGGAGGUUUCUAAAGCUGUCCUUGAAUUUUUUGAAUCUGGGAUUAUUCCUAAAGCAAUGAAUAGUACUAUUCUAACCCUUAUCCCUAAGGUGGAUCACCUGAAUAUAGCUGCUGAUUUUAGGCCAAUCGCCUGCUGCACUACUCUUUAUAAAUGCAUUUCUAAAAUGCUUUGUCAUAGAGUGACUGGUAUUCUUCCAAAGUUGGUUAACCAAAACCAAGGGGCGUUUAUAAAAGAUGGAACUCUUGCUCAUAAUGUCUUAAUUCUCCAAGAUCUCUUAAAGGGUUACAAAAGGAAGUAUAGCUCUCCUCGGUGCUUAUUGAAGAUUGACUUGAGCAAAGCCUAUGACUCAAUUGAUUGGGACUUUCUUGAAAGCCUGCUGAAAGCUUUAAAAUUUCCUGAUCGCUUCAUAAGAUGGAUCAUGAUUUGUAUGAGAGGUGCGUCUUAUUGCCUUAUGUUGAAUGGUCGCCUUCAUGGUAACUUUCAAGGAGGUAAAGGUCUUCGCCAAGGCGAUCCCAUUUCUCCGUUACUGUUUAUUAUAGUUAUGGAGUACCUUACUCGAUCCUUAUUUCAAGCAGCUAAAGGAAAAGGUUUCAAAUUUCACCUAUUAUGUAAAUCUUUAAAUCUAAUUAGUCUAUGUUUUGCUGAUGAUUUACUUAUUGUGUGUAAAGCCAAUACUAGCUCCAUUCAAAUUAUUCAGCAUACAUUAGAGGAGUUUUCAGUUGCUUCAGGUCUGCUUAUCAAUAAAAGCAAAUCUAGAGCAUAUUUUGGUGGGGUUUCGGACCAAGAAAAAUCUGUUUUGCUGAAUAUCUUUCAGCUGAAUGAAAGCGAGUUUCCUCUGACUUAUCUUGGUCUGCCUUUGAGGCCAAUGAAGUGGAAGGCAAUGGAUUGUGACUUAAUACUAAAGAAGAUUAGACAGAGACUUUGUGUUUGGGCUAGUAGGAACCUUUCCUAUGCAGGGCGGGUCCAGUUGAUCCAAUCUGUUUUAUUGGGUAUCAGGAACUACUGGAUGAGCAUCUUCCUCUUACCUCAGAGUGUCCUAAAGAAGAUUGAUCAUCUUUGCAGAAUAUUUCUUUGGGGAUGUAAAGGAAAUAGGAGAAAGUUUCAUCUUACAUCUUGGGAGCUAGUUUGCUGCCCUAAGAGUCAUGGUGGGUUAGGUUUCAAGGAGGGGCCCCUUUGGAAUAGAUUGCUGUUAUCUAAAUUCAUUUGGGCUAUUUCUUCUAAACAGGAUUUGCUCUUGGUUAAAUGGGUUAACUUUACUUGA